GCCGCCAGCUCGGUGCGCGGCCACGUGUGGGGCGGCGCGGCUGCGGGCGGACGGCGGGGGCCGCACCGGACCCGAGCGGACCCGACACGCGGGCGCCAUGAGCGUGGGGUUCAUCGGAGCUGGGCAGCUCGCCUUCGCCCUGGCCCGGGGCUUCACGGCGGCAGGGAUCCUGGCGGCGCACAAGAUCACCGCGAGCUCCCCGGACACCGACCUGCCCACCGUGAGCGGGCUGCGGAAAAUAGGCGUGAACUUCACGGUGAGCAACAAGGACACGGUGAAGAGCAGCGACGUGCUCUUCCUGGCCGUGAAGCCCCCUAUCAUCCCCUUCGUCCUGGAUGAAGUCGGCCCUGACAUCGAGGCUCGACACAUCGUGGUCUCCUGUGCAGCUGGUGUCACCAUUAGCUCCAUUGAGAAGAAACUUUCUACCUUCUGCCCCACACCAAAAGUGAUCAGGUGCAUGACCAACACCCCUGUAAUUGUCCGGGAAGGUGCUACAGUCUAUGCCACUGGGACUCAUGCAGAUGUGGAGGAUGGGAAGCUCUUGGAACAACUCAUGGCCAGUGUAGGCUUCUGCACCGAAGUGGAAGAGGAUCUGAUAGAUGCUGUCACGGGGCUCAGUGGCAGUGGCCCUGCGUAUGCAUUCACUGCCCUGGAUGCUUUGGCGGAUGGAGGAGUGAAAAUGGGACUUCCCCGCAGGCUUGCUGUUCGGCUUGGAGCUCAGGCGUUGCUGGGUGCUGCCAAAAUGCUGUUGGAGUCUGAGCAGCACCCAGGUCAGCUAAAGGAUAAUGUCUGCUCUCCUGGAGGAGCCACCAUCCAUGCCCUGCACUUUCUGGAGAGCGGCGGCUUUCGCUCACUUCUCAUCAAUGCUGUGGAGGCUUCAUGCAUCCGGACAAGGGAGCUGCAGCAUUUGGCAGACCAAGAGAAGAUCUCCCCAGCAGCCAUAAAGAAGACUUUGUUGGAUAAGGUCAAGCUAGAAUCUCCCUCUCUGUCUGUGGCAUCUGCCAGCAAAGUCAGUCUGUUCACCAGUAAGAGCCCCAGCAUCAAGAAGAACUGACCAGACUGCUGUAGUCUGGCUGUGCAGAUCAUCAGUCUUCUAUAUGCCCUUUCUUCUUUAUCUAAGGAAAAACUCUCGCUCUGAAUGUUGGUGUUCCCCAUACCUGACUCUCAGCUUGCAGCAGCUGUGGAGCAGCAUGAGGCUGUAGGAGAGGAUCUUUAACCUCUAGUAGGAUUGGUGAAAACUGUCCCUAGCAUUGCUGUUCUCCGUUGGGCAGAGGUGAUAUCACCAGAGCUUUAUCAAGGACCCCAUUUGGCCAGAGGCCCUGGAUACCCCUAGAGCUCAGGCAGUGUUUAUUGUGUCCCAUGUGAAUACGGUUUCUACUGGUAUUUCUGAGAGGUUUCAGAAUGCCUUUUGGUCUCAGUGGUUUGAAUCAGGCUGGAUCCCUCUUGCCUCAGCGUGUGCUGUCAGAGCUUGUCUCCUGUCCCUGUCUAUUAGUUAGAACAGCUACUACUGCAGAAACAUAGUGCUCUGCACUGCAUUAGAGGCUAGGCUCUAAUGUACCUCUCAAAAGGGAUCAAAGUGCCUCUGCUCUGUUUCCCGUCUGCCUUGAUUUGACAGCCCGGUGAUGUGAACCCCUGCCCUUCAAGCAGCCCAAGUACGUGAACCACACUCCAUCUCUCUUUGCUAACUCCUCCCUACUCCAGAUAGUUUAGGGACCAUGACCUACUCUCACUGUCCCUCCUUUGCUGCUAGCCUUCUUGGGUGUUCAGGCAGGUGGAUGGGUAGCAAGUUCUCCCUCUUUGUUCUCUUUCUGACACCCUUGACCUCUCCACGAGCAGAAUCUGCUUCCACACAGCUAUGGGUAUGCCUCAGUGUUUGCUAUGCUUCGUGAUGCUCUCCUUGCUCUUUGCACUACACCUGAAGCAGCAAGGAGCAGAGCUGAGGUCAGGGGCACCCUCCCUCAAAGGAAGUCCUUUUCUGUACUGCUUCCUGAGGCUCAAGUGGGCUUUAUCUGGUUGGGUUUGGUACACAGGUGCUGGGCUACUGAGUGGCAGCAGAACUCUCCUUGGCUUCUUUCCUUGAAUCAGGCUUUGUCUCCUUGGUCUGCAGUGUUGAUAACUCGCUGCCAGGGGCUACUCUGCUUUAGUUCCUGCAGUUUAUAUAUGCUGCAACAGGCUGGUUGUCCCUUCCAGACAAUACUUUUCCCCAAUAGGGCCCCAGGUUGGGCUGAUGAAUUCCAGCACAACAGCCUUCAGUAUCCCUUUGUGUUGGUAUUUUCUAGCCCGUUUCUGAUUAUUAUUUUUUCUUCCUGUUCUUUUGAAGAUAUUACACUGCUAAUGGCUGAGAGGGGAAACACCUAGAAGCUAGCUGGUGAUGUUUUAUGCAGUUGCAUUCCUAGUCCUUUAGUAUACAAGACUGAAGGGAAACGCUAAAUCAUCUGGUAUGGCUUGUGGCUCAGAUGUUGUCCCAUCUCAUCUAGCUUCUCUUGCACGAGAUCAGGAGGAAAAUGGUUCAGUCCCUGCUUGACACCAAAGAGAUUAAGGGAGUACUCAUGUGUGCCUGGUGCCUGUGCAACAAGUUGUUUGGUGAAACAUGUCUGGAUGACUGCACCGUUGCAGAAAAAGAAGGCCCUUGCUGCUCCCAUCUGAAGAAUUUCUCAAGCCUGACUCAAAUUUGUGAGCAAGAAACAGCAGGGAAAAAUAGGGUCUGGAAGCAGUGGUUUCUUCUCAUCAAACUCAGUACUUCUGAAGGGGGAAAUCUGGCCAGGCUUAAGAUAGCAGCAAGCUGAGAGAGAAGCCCUGCUUGACCCUUUUCAGCAACUGGAUGAAUGACAGCGCAUCAUCUAGAAAGGUGGUUAAUCGGGUAUCGUCUUGGGAACCAUCUCAAGAACAGCAGCAAAGACCAGGUUUCAUCUGCUGCUUUAUAUGACUUUUCUAAUAGCAAAUAGCCUUGGUUGUCGUCCUUGCGUGUACUCUUUUCUCAGACACUGAGUGCUCUCCUGAGCCAGAAAGCAGUACAAAGCACGCAGGCUGCCCCCAUUGCUUUUAGCAGACUGCAGUGGAAGCAGCAGACUGGAUGGGACAGAAGGGAUUUGGGUGGAUGAAUAUGUCAUACUGUAUUCUACCUUGGGAUAUAGUGGGGGAGUGCUGGGCUUAUUGUCUCUCUCCUGGGGAAUCUUUGAUAUUCUGGAGAUACAGGAAAAGCAUUUAGGUAACAGUGCAGAGGCUGCCAAAGGUGCUAAUAAUGGAAAAGCUUUUUCACUGUUAAGAUUUAGGCUGGUAGCAGGGUAUGACUAUUAGAGACGGUUACUCCUCUUACCUCUUUACAUAAUAAACUGCUUCUCUGACUGAG